UCUGAGUUUAUUGGCCGCUGGCUCUCCUUCCAGGGCAUGUGUGCUGCUCUGCUCGGCUGUUAGCUUUUGGAGAUGGCCGCAGACAAGCAGAACGAGGCUAAAGUAGCCGCAUUUGACGAAAAUAAAGAAAACUCACCAGAUGGAGGACUCGGACUGGAGAUUUUGCAGAUAAUCAAGGAUUCCCAGCAGCAGCAUGGCCUCAGACAUGGAGAUUAUCAGAGAUACAGGGGAUACUGCUCCCGCAGACUACGUCGUCUACGCAAGACGCUUGGUUUCAAGAUGGGCAACAGACACAAGUUCACUGGAAAGAAAGUCACAGUCGAAAUGCUCUCUGACAAUAGGUACCUACUGCUUGUUUUGAUGGAAGCGGAGCGGGCGUGGAGCUACGCCAUGCAGCUGAAGCAGGAGGCAAAUACGGAGCCUCGCAAGCGCUUUCACCUGCUGGCAAGACUGCGUAAGGCUGCCAAACACGGCGAGAGGCUGGAGAAGCUGUGUGAGAGCCCCUGUGUGGAUGCCAAGACCAAACUGGAGGCACAGGCCUACACUGCUUACCUGACUGGCAUGGUGGAGUUUGAGCUGCAGGAAUGGAAGCCUGCUAUGGAGGCCUUCAACAAGUGCAAGACUAUCUAUGAGAAGCUGGCCAGUGCUUUCACUGAGGAGCUGGCCGUGCUGUAUCACCAGCGUGUGGAGGAGAUCUCACCCAACAUCCGCUACUGUGCUUACAACAUCGGUGACCAGAAUGCCAUCAAUGACCUGAUGCAAAUGAGGCUGACUGGAGGAGGCGGAGGAAUGAUGGCUGAGAAACUUGAGGCUCUGAUCACCCAGACGAGAGCCAAGCAGGCAGCCACCAUGAGUGAGGUGGAGUGGCGAGGGCGCACGGUGCCCGUCAAAAUCGACAAGGCCCGCAUCUUUCUUCUCGGUCUGGCAGACAAUGAGGCUGCCAUCGCACAGGCAGCUAACGAGGAGACCAAAGAGCAUCUGUAUGAGACCCUGCUGGCCGAGUGCAGAGACACCAUCCAGGCUGUGAGAGAGGAGCUCAAGACUGAGGCGAAGCAGCGAGAGAGGGGCUCCGAUGCAGACAGUGGCAAGGUGUCCAACCUGCAGUUCCUGCACAGCUACCUGACCUACAUCAAGCUGUGCACGGUGGUUAAGAGAAAUGAGAGCAUGGCCCACACACUGCAGGCCAAAUUGAAGGAACCCCAGACUGAUGAGAACAAGAGGGGCCCCCGCCCACAGGACCUCAUCCGUCUGUACGACAUCAUCCUGCAGAGUCUGGCUGAGCUGUCCACGCUGCAAGGUCUGGAGGAAGACUGCACCUUCCAAAAGGAGGUGGCCCUCAAGACGCUCGUCUACAAGGCCUACAGGUGUUUCUUCAUAGCCCAGUCCUAUGUGCUGGUGAAGAAGUGGAGUGAGGCGCUGGUGUUGUACGAGAGGGUGCUGAAAUAUGCCAAGGAGGUCCAGUCUAAGGCCAAGAGUCUCAACAACAGCCUCAAGGAUCUACCUGAUGUUCAAGAACUCAUCGCGGAGGUCAACGCUGAGAAAUACUCACUUCAGGCUGCUGCCAUUUUGGACACUGAUGAGACAGCUGAAGUUCCCUCCCAGCAGCAGGUGAAAGACAAUACGCUCCUCUGCGACCGCCUGGAGACUUUCCGCCUCGACCCUGCCCUCGUGGGCAAGCAGCCCAAUCUGGUUCAGUUCCCUCCUGACUUCCAGCCAAUCCCCUGCAAGCCCUUGUUCUUUGACCUUGCGCUCAACCAUGUGGCCUUCCCGCCCCUGGAUGACAAGGUGGAGCAGAAGGGCAAGGGCGGCCUGACGGGCUACAUCAAGGGCAUCUUUGGCUUUGGCAGCUAAGUCAGAGGAAGGCCACAAGGCCCUCAGUCCACCACAAACAGCCAGUCUUGGGUCAGUUGUUAAUUCGAUUCACUUCAGUUACUUUUAGCGGUUCCUUUUCACUGCCUACAGUGCAGGAUGGGAGGAGCUGGCAGUUUCAAGGCAGUCUGGUUAGCUCCAAUCUUCCAAGGCAAGAUCAUAAAAAAGUAAUUGAACGGGUUUCAGGUUAGCAGUAUGACCCAAGUCUAACCACCAUCAUUAGUAAUAACAUCAGGCUGCAUGGGUUCCUAACAUACUGGCUCCCUCCUUCAUCCGAGUUAUGGCGAUGUCUCUAUGAUCAUCGGAUUUUACAGGUUUCUAUGCCUUGAUGUUUUUGCUUAAACAGCCAGGUUCUCAGUCUCAUAAUCCUGUUAGGUUAAACUCAGCCAAUAAUAAUUGUUAGUCUUUAUUUCUUUGUCCAAGUUAUCUAAGCGCCUUCAUGUAACUAAGUCUCAAUUUUUGUGUACAUGAGAGAGGGUUUUAAUUUGUAUCAGUGGUUCUUGAAACCUUUGAAAUCCAGGAAACAGAUUUACUAAGUGCAGUCUCAUCUUGGGACCCCUUUUGAUUAAUUAAAAAAUUAGAAUUAAAGCCUGUGACGUACUUUGAGCCCUGACCUGUAGUUUAACAAACCCUGGCUGAUGUCUUUAAAUCAAUCAUCAAUGUUGGAAGGCUAAAAUGUCGAAGUGCAGGGAGAGGAUAAGAGCAAAGCCAUGAUAUCACAUGACCAGCCCAUUACCAACACUCAAGUCUGUGUAUUUUUAAUUUUAGUAUUAUCAUCCUUUUUAUCUUUUAACCUGGGCUGUCCAGUGGUGAUAUUAACACUCAAAGCAGCUGGGGAAUAACAGGCCAGUGUCACAUACUGUGCUGUGACAUUUGGCACAACACUUUAUCAUCAUUUAUCAUAACAGACAACGGUUCAGCUGCUUGAACUUGUGAGCAUCACGAUACACACUCGUGCUGUCCAGUAGUCUUGGUGGAAGGAAGAUCCUCACAUUUGCAACACCCCUCAAACUGUCAUGCUUUUUCACAUGAAAUGUAAAUUAGACCGGACCUACUGGCCGAGGAGCAGAUUGUCUCAGCACUGAAGUGGGGAAAUAAAUGGUCACAGACAAUUUUUUUUUUUUUUUUUAAUUUCGAUGACAUUAACUUAUGUUUCUCUUGAUCAAAAUAAUUUUAGC